GCCCCGCUCACCAGGCCGCCUCAGGUGGGGACGCCACGCCCCUCCGGCCCCGCGGCCCCGCCCCUGUCUGCCCCGCCCGCCCCAGGUGGGGCCGCCCGGCCCGCCCAGUUUCCUCUGGCGGCGUCCGGCCGCUUCUCCUCUGCUCCUCGCAGAAGGCCAGGGCGGCGCCGCCGCAAGUUUUGACAUUUUGGCAGCGGAGACGCGCGCGGGCACUCUCGGGCCGACGGCUGCGGCGGCGGCCGACCCUCCAGAGCCCCUUAGUCGCGCCCCGGCGCUCCCGCUGCCCGGCGUCCGGCGACCACGAGGCCCAGCCGCGUCCUCCCGCGCUUGCUCGCCCGGCGGCCGCAGCCAUGUCCCGGGGGCCCGAGGAGGUGAACCGGCUCACGGAGAGCACCUACCGGAAUGUUAUGGAACAGUUCAAUCCUGGGCUGCGAAAUUUAAUAAACCUGGGGAAAAAUUAUGAGAAAGCUGUAAACGCUAUGAUCCUGGCAGGAAAAGCCUACUACGAUGGAGUGGCCAAGAUCGGUGAGAUUGCCACUGGGUCCCCCGUGUCGACCGAACUGGGACAUGUCCUCAUAGAGAUUUCAAGUACCCACAAGAAACUCAACGAGAGUCUUGAUGAAAAUUUUAAAAAAUUCCACAAAGAGAUUAUCCAUGAGCUGGAGAAGAAGAUAGAACUUGACGUGAAAUAUAUGAACGCAACUCUAAAAAGAUACCAAACAGAACACAAGAAUAAAUUAGAGUCUUUGGAGAAAUCCCAAGCUGAGUUGAAGAAGAUCAGAAGGAAAAGCCAAGGAAGCCGAAACGCACUCAAAUAUGAACACAAAGAAAUUGAGUACGUGGAGACCGUUACUUCUCGUCAGAGUGAAAUCCAGAAAUUCAUUGCAGAUGGUUGCAAAGAGGCUCUGCUUGAAGAGAAGAGGCGCUUCUGCUUUCUGGUUGAUAAGCACUGUGGCUUUGCAAACCACAUACAUUAUUAUCACUUACAGUCUGCAGAACUACUGAAUUCCAAGCUGCCUCGGUGGCAGGAGACCUGUGUUGAUGCCAUCAAAGUGCCAGAGAAAAUCAUGAAUAUGAUCGAAGAAAUAAAGACCCCAGCCUCUACCCCCGUGUCCGGAACUCCUCAGCCUUCACCCAUGAUCGAGAGAAGCAAUGUGGUUAGGAAAGAUUACGACACCCUUUCUAAAUGCUCACCAAAGAUGCCCCCCGCUCCUUCAGGCAGAGCAUAUACCAGUCCCUUGAUCGAUAUGUUUAAUAACCCAGCCACGGCUGCCCCGAAUUCACAAAGGGUAAAUAAUUCAACAGGGAAAGAGGAUUUUCUGUAUCCCGGGUUCUCGCCUUGGUGUACCGGAAGAAUCGGAUCAUACGUGGGCUUGGAGAAUGAGUGCAAGGUUUUACUGAGUGGAGGUACUUCCGAAGAUCCCAGUUUACAGCGAUCAGUUUCGGUUGCAACGGGACUGAACAUGAUGAAGAAGCAGAAAGUGAAGACCAUCUUCCCGCACACUGCGGGCUCCAACAAGACCUUACUCAGCUUUGCACAGGGAGAUGUCAUCACGCUGCUCAUCCCCGAGGAGAAGGAUGGCUGGCUCUAUGGAGAACAUGACGUGUCCAAGGCGAGGGGUUGGUUCCCGUCGUCGUACACGAAGUUGCUGGAAGAAAAUGAGACGGAAGCAGUGACCGUGCCCACGCCAAGCCCCGCGCCAGUAAGAAGCAUCAGCACCGUGAACUUGUCUGAGAAUAGCAGUGUUGUCAUCCCCCCACCCGACUACUUGGAAUGCUUGUCCAUGGGGGCAGCUGCCGACAGGAGAGCAGAUUCGGCCAGAACGACAUCCACCUUUAAGGCCCCGGCGUCCAAGCCCGAGACCGAGGCUCCUAACGAUGCCAACGGGACUGCAAAGCCGCCUUUUCUCAGCGGAGAAAACCCCUUUGCCACUGUGAAACUCCGCCCGACUGUGACGAAUGAUCGCUCGGCACCCAUCAUUCGAUGAGAGGACGGCCAAGGACUCUCCCGGGCCUCUCCGGUUCUCCCUUGAGGAAUGAUGGGCGCGUCCUGUCUGCCACAUGCUGACGGUCGGGAAGCUUCAGUGGAGAGGCCUAACUCUAAUGUCGCCUGCCUAAGCAAAUCAUGCUUCUCUAUUUCACGUAGUUGGGUUGACACGUUUCUGCCUUUAAGAUAAAUGAGUAAUAGUCUAAUGACCAGCUCAGUCAUUUAAAAUAUUUUCUUCCUAUUCUGUUCAAGAAACAGUAAACUUGGUUUCAAUCUUUACUGUAUUUUUUUAAAUGAAUUUUUUCCUUAAUAACAGCCAGAAUAAGGGAUAGUCUAUGCUUUCAGGACUGGCUUUCUGCACCUGAUAUGAAUGAGACCAGUUUUAUUUUAUAAAGCAUGUGCUCUUAAAAGCAUUAUGUCUAAAGAAGAUAUCACAUAAGUUUGCAUCUUAGCAUGCAAAUCAUAAUUUUAAGCAAUAUAAAUUAUGAAAAUACUAUAUAAAUGUAAUUUAACUUAAAAUGUUUAAGUGUAGAGCUUCCAAAGAUGGAGAAACCCCCGCCCUCCCUCCAACCACGCCAGAGCUGUAGAGUGCUAAGACGCUUUGCCUGCCCUUAUCACAGCCACACGUAGCACUCGACGAAAUCUCCUCCGAGAGCUCCUUUUUUUGGUAGUUAGGAGUCACCGACGGAUUCGCUGCACACGGCCCAUCCAGGACACAGGCCUGGGCGUCGGAGUCACGGCUCCUUGUGUUCUCUCUCAGCUAGUUGGCCAAAGCUGCAUCCAUUACCAGUACACUCAAACUGCUCGGGGUCCUGGCUUCUCCGUGUUUGAAUCAGGUACAGACUCUCAAAGGAUACGUGUAAAGCCAGGAUGACCUCUGGUGCCUGGAGAAGGGCGGGUUUUUCAGCCUAGCAGCCACGAUGCCCUCGGAACCUGGCCCUAUGGUAUGGAUGUGAGGACUACGCACUGGCUGCCCUGAGCCCGGGGCUGGAAAUCACCUCUGGCUGCCAAGGAUCUGGACCUAUUUUGGAGUGGAGAGUCAUGGUUAAAAUUCCCAGCCCGGCCCAGGUACGGGAAUCCCAGCAUUCUGUGAGGCCGAGGCAGGCGGAUCACCUGAGGUCAGGAGUCUCUACUAAAAAUACAAAAAUUAGACAGGUGUGGUGGUGGGCGCCACUCAGGAGGCUGAGGCAGGAGAAUCACUUGAACCCGGGAGGCAGAGGUUGCAGUGAGCCAGAUCAUGCCGCUGCACUCCAGCCCGGCCACUCACCGUGUGUGUUGUGGGGUGCUGGGGCUGUGACUUAUCCCCUCUCCUUUGGCCUUGCCAUAAGUGUAUCCUAUGAGGCUGAGAUUGGGAAAGGUUACAUGCAGGUAAGCCAAUGGACGUGGCCGAUGCUUCAGGCUCCUUCCAGCCAGGUCCAGCAGUGUUACCAUCUGCUUCUCCUGGGAGGACAAACCAGGCACCCCCACCAUGAAGGGCUGCAGGCACCAUGAACUAUGUUAACAACCCCAGUCCUACAGAAAGGGCUGCAGCCACGUGAGAAUUCAGUCCACACAAGCCCCAUGGCCGUGUUCCCCACUUCAGCCACAGGGCUCAGGGAGCCCCAUCUGGCGCUAAGGGGAAUUGCUGGGAUGUGGGUGACACCUGGCCUUUGGCGUUCUGCCUUGGGGAGGUUUCUGGUUUUGUUACGGGGUGGAAGAAUAGGACCUGGGGAUCUCAGAUGCAACCCGCAGACCCCGUGGCUCACCCAACCCCAGGUUCUGCCUCCCAGACCAGAACAGGGGCAUGGCCUGGUCCUUGGCACCGAGGUGCAUGCUCUGUAAAUAUCAAGGGAUUACAACUUUAAUAAUAAAGCAGAACUUGAAAACAU